UUUCAGUUGCUCGAAAGGAGAUUUCCUCAAAGUCUUUUUGCAUUUGGAGAGUAAAGGUGUUUCCGAGUACACGCCUUGGACUGGAUAUCUCUGCGGCAGCUUGCGCGAUAUUCCACAAGUUCUUUAUAGUUCGAGAUCCACCCUUAUCCUCGAGUUUCACAGUGAAGAACCACCCUCUAAUGCAACGGGUUUUUCUGGGACAUUCCGCUUUAUUGACAGCCGAAUGUUUAAAACGAAUGGUCAGAAGAUUCCUGGACCAAUGUGCGAUUACGAGUUUGUCAGCUCUCAGCUUACACCUCAGCAUGGACGUUUCUAUUCGCCUCGAUACCCAUCCUCCUACCAGAAGAACAUCCGUUGCUCCUACUACUUCCGGGCAAGAUCGAAAGAGAGAAUUCGAAUUGUCUUCGAAGAAAUAUCGCUACAAAAGGGUGAUUUAAGCUGUCUGAAUAGGGCCGAUUUAAUCAGGGUGCAUGAUGGAAGGGAUUCUCGAGCGCCUACAAUAGCAGUGCUAUGCAACGAAGGAGCGGAAGUCGAGGUGCUCAGCACAGGGUCAGAUCUCUACGUUGAGUUCGUCGCUAAUUCAGAACGUCCCGGGCAAGGGUUCAAGGCGAUAUUCCAAUUUCAACCUCUGGACGAUGCUUUAAAUUCUGAGUUGGACAAGGUCGUCCCUGGAGGCGUUACGGGGAACCCCAAGUACUCGGUCAUUGGUCCGGCUGUCAGCGCUACCACGUCUACCUGUGAUAUGGUGUUUAACAGUGACACUACAAAAUCCGGUAUAGUGACAUCGCCGGGCUAUCCAAAUCCCUAUCAAUCGAGAGUUCGAUGUAAUUACGAAUUUCAAGGAAGGGGGAAAGAGAGAGUUCAAGUUAUAUUUCAAGAAUUCAAUCUCUAUCAUUCUUCAGAGACUACAAAAGAAUGUAAAGAUGUCGAUUCAAUAAUGGCCUUUGUCUAUAUUGAUGGAAAGCCAGAAAAAAUUGAUGCCUUCUGCGGAGAAAUGCAACCACGACCAUUAAUGAGCAAUGGACCACGAUUGCUUCUCGAAUUUCAAGGGAGAGAAUCAUCGAGACAUGUAAAGGGCUUCAAGGCCAUGUAUUAUUUCAUUGAAAAUUUUGGAAUUACUAGUGGAAGGCAAGAAUCCAAUUAUCCCUGUGCGUUUGUUUUUAGCAGUAAUGACACAAAAAAUGGAACCUUCGCGUCACCAAAUUACCCCGGAUUUUAUCCGAGAAAUACAGAGUGCCAUUAUUUUUUUAAUGGACAACCGAAUGAGAGAGUUCACCUCCAUUUUCACUUCUUCGACGUUGAAGGAGUUUUACCAUGCGACUCUGUCACUGCGAGUGACUAUGUCGAGUUUUCCAAUUAUAUAACGAAGGACCGGAAGUACUCACGGCAUUGUGGUCAACUGAAGGAGUUCGACAUCGAGAGCGACCGGAAGUUCUUUCGAGUUACGUUCAAAAGUAAUGACAGGCUGGAUGGUACAGGGUUUAACGCUAGUUACGUAUUCUUCGACGAAGGAGAAAAUUAUACGAUGAAAACGCCAGUAAACGUCGCAUCAACGUGGAAUGGUUGUGCAUUACUACUGUUGUUGGCCUACAAAGUUCACUUUAUUUAAACGAUGAAUAUAAACACCAUCUUAAAUAGCAAUCUACGCGAUUGGAUGCUGGCUCAACAUCACAACGAAAAGUUCUGUCAAUAAUAAAAAAAAAGAGCGAAUGAAAAUCACACGUGCCCUUUCCAAAAUAUCACCGAAAAAAAACGAUUUUCUUCCUCUUUAAAUAUUAUCAAAAGAAAAAUUUAUUCGCCGAAAAAAUUACUCUUCUUUUAUUAAAUAUAAAUUUUAUUUUUCCAAACAUCUCAUCUCGGCUAUUUUGAAGUGAUUAAUAAAGAAAAAGAAAAAAAAUAAUAGAAAAAGAAAUAGAAAAAAUGCACUCACUCAGUUCACAUUUCGAAAAGAAAAAAUAUAGUCCAAUAAAAGUCGUGUGAUUCAAGUUUCAAAGAAUCGCCUCCAAAGCAGUUGCUCUGGGACAGAAGAACGAAUGGAAAAUCUUCACGAAUUCAAUACUUUGCAGCAUCCCUCUUUUUUCUCAAUGGAGAAAAGUAAAUUAAGAGGUUUGUUCUACGAUUUCUUUAUUGAGAAAGAAAACUUAUUAGUGUGACAUCCAAUUACAUUUUUUUUUUUUUGUUAACAUUUUUUUUAAUAGACAGCAACUUUUACAGAUUCUUUGAUAAUUCUACUUUUUAAGAAAAUUUUCUUUUCUUCAAAAAAAGAAAAGCAAAGUUUUUUUUCUUAGAAGACAAAAUGAAAGAAAGGAAGAGAAAA